GUCACAGUACCAGAAUAAGACUCCGUUACGGUCGGCACCACGUGUGAAUGUGAAGAAAGAGAGUCGAAGGGAUAAAGUUCUGCUCAUAUUUUUCACUAUUUCGACAUGAUUUAACACCCUAAGAUGGCAGAAGCUACUCCAAGUCAAUUGUUCCCUCACGUUUUGAAAUAUUUAAUUCAAAAUAAACUUGAAAAGGCAGCAAAAUGGUUCAAAAAGGAAACCGGAACGCGUGCUCCUGAUAGUGGUCAGCCAUCAAUUAUGGAUUUCUAUAAGUCUUGGUGGAAGGAAGAUAAGACAUCCACCAAAAGGAAAGCGGAGAGUAGCCAGGCAGCUUCCAGUGGACAAUCUAAAGCUAAGAAGCCUAAGAAGAGUGAAGCUAGCAGUAGUGAGUCGAGUUCAGAUAGCAGUGAUGAUGACGAACCUGCAACUGCAAAGAAGGCGCCGGUUAAACAAGUCGCAGCCAAGGCCUCGGCACUGAAAAGAAAGAAAGAGGAGUCGAGCUCGGAGGAAUCGAGCAGUGAAGAAGAAUCAACAAGUGCUCCAAGGAAGAAAGUGCCGACAGUGACUCCUGCCAAAAAACAAAAGGAGGAAAGUUCGAGCAGUGAGGAGGAAUCUAGUGCAGAUGAAACGAAGCCUGCCAUCCCUUCAAAGAAGGUUGCAAAGAAAAAACAAGAAUCAAGCAGUGAGGAAAGCUCAAGUGAUGAGGAAGAAGCAUCUGCUCGUAAUAAUGUCCCAGUAAAUAAAGCAAAAAAGCAACAAAAAGCGGUUUCUAGUUCUGACUCGGACUCUUCCUCGACAGACGAAGAAGUGGUAAAACAGAAUGCAGCAAAGUCAAAAGCUAAGAAGGCUGUGAAAGUAGCAGCAAAGUCCAAACCAGCCGAGUCUAGUAGCUCAGACAGCGAUUCGGACGAAGAUGAAAAGCAACCGCAAAAGCCAAAACAGACACAGAAAAAGGCAAUUAAAGCAAAACCAGUCAAAAAAGCAGAAUCCAGCAGUUCAGAUAGUGAUGAUGAUGUUGCCCCCAAACCGGUAAAGGUUGCCACACCCACUUCAAAGUCAUCCGCUGGUGCUUCAAAGGAAUCGGGAACGUCGGAUAGUGAGAGUGACUCAGAGGAAGAAGCUCCCAAGAAAGUGAAACCAACUGCAAAGGCCACUGCCACAAAGACUGAGUCAUCUGAAUCCUCUGAAAGUGACUCUUCAGAUGAUGAAGGUGAUGCCAAAUCAAAAACUACAAAGAAAAGUACAGGUGUAACUACAAGUAAAGCCAAAGCACCUCCUGCAAGUAGUUCUGAUAGUGACUCAUCAUCCGAUGAAGAAUUCACCAAAGUGAAACCAUCUCCAAAGGUGACUAAAGCCACCCCUAAAACGAAAUCUGCGACCAAGAAGGCUGCCUCAAGCAGUUCUGAAAGUGAUUCUUCGUCAGAUGAAGAAGAGAGUAAAAAGCCGACAAAUGCUGUAAAGACUCUUAAGAAACAAACUAAAUCUCCUGCAGUAAAGAAGCCAGCUAAGGAAAGUAGUUCCGAAUCAGAAAGCGAUUCGGAUGAUGAAGCUGCGCCUAGCAAAGCCACCAAAUCUCCUGCAGCAAAAAAGCCAGCCAAGGAAAGUAGUAGUUCCGAGUCAGAAAGUGAUUCAGACGACGAUGCAGCACCUAGCAAACCAUCAAAAUCUCCUGUGGUAAAAAAGCCAGCAAAGGAUGAAGCAGCCCCUGGCAAACCAACAAAAUCACCUGCGGCAAAGAAGCCAGCUAAGGAAAGCAGUAGUUCUGAAUCAGAAAGUGAUUCAGAAGAAGAAGCAGCACCCAGCAAACCAACUAAAUCUCCUGCAGUUAAGAAGCCAGCCAAGGAAAGCAGUAGUUCUGAAUCAGAAAGCGAUUCGGAUGAUGAUGCAGCAACUAGCAAAUCAACUAAAUCUCCUGCAGUAAAGAAGCCGGCCAAGGAAAGCAGUAGUUCCGAAUCUGAAAGUGAUUCAGACGACGAAGCAGCACCCAGCAAACCAACUAAAUCUCCUGCAGUUAAGAAGCCAGCCAAGGAAAGCAGUAGUUCAGAAUCUGAAAGUGAUUCAGACGACGAAGCAGCACCCAGCAAACCAACUAAAUCUCCUGCAGUUAAGAAGCCAGCCAAGGAAAGCAGUAGUUCUGAGUCAGAAAGCGAUUCAGAUGACGAAGCUGCGCCUAGCAAACCAACUAAAUCUCCUGCAGUUAAGAAGCCAGCCAAGGAAAGCAGUAGUUCUGAAUCUGAAAGCGAUUCAUCAGAUGACGAAGCAGCGCCUAGCAAACCAUCAAAGUCACCUGCAGUUAAGAAGCCAGCCAAGGAAAGCAGUAGUUCCGAGUCAGAAAGCGAUUCAGACGAUAAUGCAGCGCCUAGCAAGCCUAAAACCACAAAAGGAACUGUGAAGGGAUCUAACACCAUUAGGGUUAAUGGUGUAAAGCAUGGUGAUGAAUCCGAUAGUAGCGACAGCUCCGAAUCAGAAGACGAAAAGAAGCCUAUUCAGAAGAAACAAGUAUUAACAAAGCCGAAGAAGAGUCGUCCAUCUUCAAGCAGUGAAAGUGACAGUGAUGAGGAGACGCAAAAGAAGAAACCUGUCGCGAAAGGAACACCGAUCAAAGCCGUCAAGGCAGUACAGAAAACACCAAAUACAGUCCCAAAGAUGAAGAAGAAGAGUCGUCCAUCAUCAAGCAGUGAUAGUGAUAGUGACGAGGAGGAGACGGAAACAAAUAAGCCUGUUGCGAAAGGAACACCAACCCAAGCCGUCGGCGAGAUUCAGAAAACGCCAAAUACAGUCCCAAAGGCAAAGAAGGGGAAGAAAGCGAACACACCAUUUCGUAGGGUGAAAGAAGAGGACCAUGAGAUUGAUGAGCGUCUCAAAGACAACUCAUUUGAUGCCAAGAGGGGAGCUUUUGGCUGCUGGGGUGAGCGAGCUAACAGAGACUUGAAGGUCGUCAAAGGCAAGGCAUUCCGCCACGAGAAGACCAAGAAGAAGAGGGGAAGCUACCGAGGGGGGCAGAUCUCCACCACCGUCAACUCCAUCAAGUUUGACAGUGAUUGAAUGGUUGCCAUGGAAACUGAUGAUCUGCAGGUGAAAUCUGCCUGAGUCCAGUUUCUUGGGAUCGCAGACAUUUGCUUGACUCUCGUGUAAUUGACUGAAAAGAUUUUAAUAGUGCAGCUUGUGCAUCUGCUGGUCUGAAAAUGUGCGUCUACUAAGGCGAUUACUCAGCUUAAGCGGACCCUACUACACAUUGGAUCUUAUUGUGUUUGAUGAAAGCAUGACAAUCGUUUCCAUCAUUCAUUUGUUGGAAAUUAAUUUAGCCUCGAAGAGCCUAUAUUCACGAGUAUUAUUGGCAGUCCACUGUGAUACAUACUUUGCCAGCAUUUAAAGGGCAGUGUGAUGGCAAAAUUCAGUGUAAACUCCAAUGCCUUGAUAGAGUGUGAAACUGUAAAAGGCAGAGACUGGAUAUCAUUUUUGUGGUCUGGGGGUGUUUAAUGUAGCCAUUUGCAACUAGUGAUGACCCUUUCUUCUGCAAAAUGAGAAACAGAAAAGUUUCCCUAUUUUAUCACAAUGGGAGUUAAAUUUCUAUGAAUCCUUCAAAUGAUUGUUCAGAACUAUAAUCUGGACGGGUACCCUGUCAUUUGUAAAGUCGUGUGACGGUUACGAAACAGCUAUAGGAAAUACCUCCCGAUUUGAUGCUAUGUUGGUAUGAUACUACAUGUAAUAUUCUUAUUAUUAUCCAAUGUAUUAUUAUUUCCUUUUUUUUCUCAAAUUUGUUUCUUCAUCACUUUGAUACCUGUAUCCUUAAAGGAGAAUGAAACUCUUGGAGCAAGUUAGCUUUUGUGAAAGCAGAAAAAUCAAAGAAUAAGAUCAACAAAACUUUGAGUAAAAUAGGACUAGCAAUAAAAGAGUUAUGAGCAUUUGAAUGUCGAGAUCACUAAUGCUAUGGAGAUCCUCCCAUUGGCAAUGCGACCAAGAUCUGUGAUGUCACACACGUACAACUCUCCCAUUCGGACACUGAAAAUAUACCCCAAAACAUCUCUUUUUGCUCAUUCUAAUCAUAUGACAAACGAUUCAUCAAUGAUAUAGUGUUGUGAAACCUCUGUACUUGUCAUCUCAUAAAGAAAACACCUAACCUUGUGAUAGACUCUAUAAAAGUGAGAAUAUAAGUGAAAUAAGUACCAAAUUAAUGAGGGAGUUGUACGUGUGUGAUAUCACAGAUCUUGGUCGCAUUGCCGAUGGGAGGAUCUACAUGACACUAGUGAUCUCAAUAUUCAAAUGCUCAUAACUUUCUUAUUAUUCAUUCAAUCUUCCUCAAACUUUCAACAAUAUGUUUCUCUGAUUUUUCUCUUUGAUAUGGAUUCAGCUAGUUUCAAGGGUUUCAUUCUCCUUUAAGCCAUUCUUUUUGUUGGGACUCAGGGUUUCAAUAAAAAUUACUCUUGAUUGAGUUAUGUUUUUGAGAUGUUAUCUAAUGUUACCUCAAAAUGGUAUGUUUAAUGAGAUUUUUCUACAUAUCAUUUUGCUUCAAAGUUUUGCCUGAUAUUGUUAGCAACCUGUUAUAAUCAUAAUGAAUGAAUAUUGACUCUUAUUUCAUUUUAUUUAAUCUUCUAUGAAUUAUCUGUGAUUUGUUAUACCACAACUCUGUUUAUGGUGUUCAUAAUGCCUUUAUUUUAUCUUUUUUAUCCUGUUUUAUUCUGCAAGGGGUUUUAAGGACAGUCAAAUUAACAAUUUUCUGAAGUCAUUGAAGUCACAUUCAUUAAUUUAUUUGUGCUUUUUUAGUACAAACUAGAAAUUUUGAUUAAUUCUUUUAACUCGUUACAAUUAAGAUUUUCAAUUUAAUUCCAGAUUUGGGUGAGCCACAAAAUCAUUUGAAGCCCUUUGCAAAAUUGUUUCAUUCAAUUAAAAAAAAAAGCAUGAAAUGAAAUAAUGUAAAAUUUUUGCAUUUACAUGACAUUGUAUUUUUAGUUACUGUUUUACCUACUUUUAUUUACUUUGUCAAAACCAACCACACUGAUUGUAUAUGUCCACCCGUACAUAAUUUUUUAAAUGUUUAUUUUGUGCUAGGCGAGACACUCUAGAUCGAACAUGAAGUAUUAAAGCCUGUAAAUUAUAACACAGCUGGUUUUUUUUUUUUUGGGGGGGUCACUGUUGUGUUUACAGUACUGAUAAUGUAACCCGUAAUUGAUAAUUCCAAUGAUGUUUUUGUUACAGUCAGUAGUUGUGUUAAAUAGGUAGCUGUCUACUUGGGUGAAUUUAUUUAUUCAUUAAUUGUUCUCUGAAAGUCUUGAAUUUUGAUUUGAGUUUGUGAUAUAUCUAUAAAAAAAAUCUGAUCUUAAAAAAGGAAGGGAAAAGAGAUGGCUCAGUUGCACAAGCAGAGAGGAGAUAUGUCGAUUAUAAAGAUACUUUCAAAAUGUACUUUGUAAAUUUGUAAAUCAUGUUUACGCACUGUAAUAGGGAUUCAAAUGUAUUUCUUUUAUUUUCAGAGGAAUGUAAGAGAGCAUUCAUGAUCGGUUUGUUACUGAAAUUCACGAAUGUUAAGGAUGAUGUAAAAAUUUGAACGAAAAUUUAGUAAUUUCA